GGGGGGAGAUCCGAGGAAGCGGCGGGGAGGAUCGAUGGCGAAGGGGACGACGGAGAUGGAGGUCGGGUCCGACGGCGUCGCCGUCAUCUACAUCGCCAACCCGCCCGUGAACGCCCUCUCCAUCGACGUCCUGUUUAGCUUGAAAGGGCACUAUGAAGAGGUGCUUCGAAGGAAUGAUGUGAAAGCUAUUGUUCUUACAGGAAGUGGAAGGUCAUUUUCUGCUGGACUCGAUAUUAGUGCCUUCGCUGAUAUUCGCAAACCGGAGCAGCUAAAGGAUCACUGCAUAUUGAUUGAAGCCAUGACUGAUAUCUUCGAAGAUGCUGGGAAGCCAUCAGUGGCUGCUAUUGAUGGCCCUGCUCUUGGUGGAGGUUUAGAAAUUUCCAUGGUAUGCCAAGCACGCAUUUCAACUCCUAAUGCUCAAUUAGGCCUCACGGAGCUUCAGUUUGGAGUAAUACCUGGAUUUGGAGGAACACAGCGCCUUCCCCGCCUUGUUGGACUGACAAAAGCACUUGAAAUGAUGAUGCUCUCGAAGCCAAUUAAAGCCGAAGAAGCCCAUGAGCUGGGUCUGGUCGACGCUGUUGUUUCACCUAACGAUUUGUUGAAUAAUGCCCGCCGUUGGGCUUUGGACAUCUAUGAGUCGAAAAGGCCAUGGGCCCGAGCCCUCUACAAAACUGACAAGCUUGAAUCCCCUGAUCUGGCCAGAGAGAUCCUCAAUUCUGCCAGAGUUCAGUCUCGGAAGCGGGCUGCCAAUCUUCAGUAUCCAUUCGUCUGUAUCGAUGCUGUCGAAGAAGGUAUAGUUUCAGGGCCACAAGCCGGGCUUCGGAAGGAAGCCAUGGCUUUUCAGGAACUCUUUUUCUCAGAUACAUGUAAAAGCUUGAUUCAUGUGUUCUUUUCACAACGCGCAACAUCAAAGCAGGUUCCUGGGAUCACAGACUUAGGUUUGAUGCCAAGGAAGGUAUCUAACGUUGCCAUUGUUGGUGGUGGACUUAUGGGUUCUGGAAUCGCAACCGCGCUGAUACUGAGCCAUUAUCCUGUUAUACUGAAAGAAGUCAACGAGGAAUUCCUAAAUGCAGGAAUUGACAGGAUCAAAGAAAACUUGCAGAGUCGUGUAAGGAAAGGAAAAAUGACAAAGGAGAAAUAUGACAAGACCCUCUCACUUCUUACAGGUGUCCUCGAUUAUGAAAAAUUCAAGAGUGUUGACUUAGCAAUCGAGACAGUCGUAGAGAAUGUGAAGUUGAAGCAGCAGAUUUUUGCUGAAUUGGAGCAACACUGUCCUUCCCAUUGUAUUCUUGCCACCAACACUUCCACCAUUGAUCUUGACCUGAUCGGAGAGAAGACAAAUUCCCAAGACCGCAUUGUUGGCACACACUUCUUCGCUCCAGCUCAUAUCAUGCCUCUUCUUGAGAUAGUCCACACCCCUCGCGCCUCUUUGCAAGCAGUUGUCACCUUGCUGGAUGUGGGGAAGAAGAUCAAGAAGACACCAAUAGUGGUCAGAAACUGUACCGGCUUCGCGGUCAACCGGAUGUUCUUUCCGUACACUCAGGCAGCACUAUGGCUUGUCGAUCAUGGAAUGGAUGUUUACAAGAUCGAUCAGGCUUGUACUGAAUUCGGGAUGCCAAUUGGUCCAUUCAGAAUGACAGAUCUGGUUGGUUUUGGAGUUGCUCUAGCCACAGGCAUGCAGCACCUUGAAAACUUCCCUGAGCGGGUCUACAAGUCAAUGCUGAUUUCUCUCAUGACUGAGGACAAAAGAACAGGUGAAGCCUCUCAAAAGGGGUUUUACAGGUAUGAUAGUAAGAGGAAGGCGAGCCCUGAUCCUGAAAUCAUGAACUAUCUCGAGGAGUCGAGGAGAAUUGCAGGAGCCACACCUGAUCCCGAGUUGCUCAAGCUUGACAACAGCGCGAUAGCAGAGAUGGUGUUGUUCCCGGUUAUCAACGAAGCCUGCCGUGUCCUGGGGGAGGGCAUUGCCUUCAAGGCCUCUGACCUCGACAUCGCCUCCAUCUUCGGAAUGGAUUUCCCGCCAUACAGGGGUGGCAUCAUGCACUGGGCGGAUUCCAUCGGCGCAAGGCGCAUUUGCACGAUGCUGUCGGAGUGGGAGAUGAAGUAUGGCCAGUUCUUCAAACCUUGCAGCCACCUGUUGGAGAGGGCGGCUGAAGGUCUUCCUCUGAGCGCAUUGGCGACGAAGACGAUGAACAACCAGGCCAAGGACAAGCUACUGGGAAGCUGCUGAGUCAUGGAAGGGGAGAGCCAGAAGACUGAAUAAACAAGUAACGAUUUGAAAAGAAGUUUCUUGUUAUUUGGCCGAGGUGAUUUCACAAAAGUUGAUCAUGCAAAAUGUGUCUGAAUAAGAGUGAUCAAAGAUGCGCCGCACGAACUCCAUUCGAAUUGUAUCAAAUUUCGAUCAUUGGAUAUAUCAUGUGCGACUGGAUUAUAUACGGAGUUUAAAUCUUGGUGUGUGAAAGAGGUGUUCAAGCAGGAUGAUCUAGCAAGAGUUUGAACUUUGUACUCCUGUUUUGCAAGUAUUUAGUGCACUA